GUCUUCUCGUGGGCACCCUGGAUGUGGUGCUGGACUCCAGUGCCCGGGUGGCCCCUUACCGCAUCCUGCACCAGACCCAGGACUCGCAGGUCUACUGGACAGUGGCGUGCGGCUGCCAGGAACAUGUGUGUAAGAGGGUUGCAUCACAUGCAAAUUCAACUUCCAAAUUCAAAUGUGGAUUCUUGGCAAAAAGAGCAAGAAAGAAAGAACUCCCUUCACCUAACAACUAGACCUUGGCCUCUGUGCACUAGGGAAAGGAGGCCAUAAUAAAUAUACAAAGAAAAAUGAAAAAAAAAUUAUGGAUGAUUUAGGAACUUCCAGAGGUUCUUCCCGCAAAGAGAUCACAAAACACUGGGAAUGGCUGGAAAAUAACUUACUCCAGACACUGUCCAUCUUUGACAAUGAGGAAGAUAUCACCACCUUCGUCAAGGGCAAGAUACACGGCAUCAUCGCAGAAGAGAACAAGAACCUGCAGCCCCAGGGAGAUGAGGACCCUGGGAAAUUCAAGGAGGCCGAGCUGAAAAUGCGGAAGCAGUUUGGGAUGCCCGAGGGAGAGAAGCUGGUCAACUACUACUCCUGCAGCUACUGGAAGGGCCGUGUGCCCCGGCAGGGCUGGCUCUACCUGACCGUCAACCACCUGUGCUUCUACUCCUUCCUGCUGGGCAAGGAGGUGAGCCUGGUGGUGCAGUGGGUGGAUGUCACACGGCUGGAGAAGAACGCCACGCUGCUCUUCCCUGAGAGCAUCCGUGUGGACACCCGGGACCAGGAGCUCUUCUUCUCCAUGUUCCUCAACAUCAGCGAGACCUUCAAGCUCAUGGAGCAGCUGGCCAACCUUGCCAUGCGGCAGCUACUGGACAACGAGGGCUUCCUGGAAGACAAAGCACUGCCCAGACCCCCCCGGCCGCACAGGAACAUCUCGGCUCUGAAGCGAGACCUAGACGCUCGAGCCAAGAACGAGUGCUACUGUGCCACGUUCCGGCUGCCUGGGGACGAGCGCCUGGACGGCCAUACAGGCUGCACCCUGUGGACCCCAUUCAACAAGCUGCACAUCUCUGGCCAGAUGUUUAUCUCCAGCAACUACAUCUGCUUUGCCAGCAAGGAAGAGGAUGCUUGCCACCUCAUCAUACCCCUGCGGGAGGUGACCAUUGUUGAAAAAGCUGAUAGCUCCAGUGUCCUGCCCAGCCCUCUGUCCAUUAGCACCAAGAGCAAAAUGACCUUCCUGUUUGCCAACCUGAAAGACCGCGAUUUCUUGGUUCAGAGGAUCUCUGACUUCCUCCAGAAAAUGCCAUCCAAGCCGCCAGGCAACAGCAGAGCGGGGAGGAAAGCCAGCAUUGUGGACUCAGCCCCAGAGUCUUCCCCAGCUCCUCAGGAGGUGUCAGAACAGCCUGCCAGCCCGACCUCACCCCUUGGUGGCCUCCAGAGGUCCCAUGCACAGGAGGCUCCAACCGCUUCCCAGGGCCUGCUCAAACUCUUCCAGAGAAACACGCCCAUGGAGGACCUGGGAGCCAAGGGGGCCAAGGAGAAGAUGAAAGAGGAGUCGUGGCACAUCCACUUUUUUGAGUACGGGCGUGGCAUGUGCAUGUACCGCACCGCCAGGACGCGGGAGCUGGUGCUGAAGGGCAUCCCCGAGAGCCUCCGGGGGGAGCUGUGGCUCCUCUUCUCUGGGGCCUGGAAUGAGAUGGUGACUCACCCUGGCUACUAUGCUGAGCUGGUGGAGAUGUCCACAGGGAAGUACAGCCUGGCCACGGAGGAGAUCGAGCGAGACCUCCACCGCUCCAUGCCCGAGCACCCUGCCUUCCAGAAUGAGCUCGGGAUCGCUGCACUCCGCCGGGUGCUGACUGCCUACGCUUUCCGAAACCCCACCAUUGGCUACUGCCAGGCCAUGAACAUCGUCACCUCAGUGCUCCUGCUCUAUGGCAGCGAGGAGGAGGCAUUCUGGCUGCUGGUGGCCCUCUGUGAACGCAUGCUGCCCGACUACUACAACACAAGGGUGGUGGGGGCCCUGGUGGACCAAGGCAUCUUCGAAGAGCUCACGAGAGACUUCCUGCCCCAGCUGUCUGAGAAGAUGCAGGACCUGGGGGUGAUUCCCAGCAUCUCGCUCUCCUGGUUCCUGACCCUCUUCCUCAGCGUCAUGCCCUUUGAGAGUGCUGCGGUCAUUGUUGACUGCUUCUUCUAUGAGGGCAUCAAGGUGAUCCUGCAGGUAGCCUUGGCCAUCCUGGAUGCCAACAUGGAACAGCUACUGGGCUGCAGCGACGAGGGCGAGGCCAUGACUGUCCUGGGCAGAUACCUGGAUAAUGUGGUCAAUAAGCAGAGUGUCUCUCCUCCUAUCCCACACCUCCAUGCCCUGCUGACCAGUGGAGAUGACCCUCCUGAAGAGGUGGACAUCUUCGACCUCCUGAAGAUGUCAUAUGAGAAAUUCAGCAGCCUGAGGGCCGAGGACAUUGAACAGAUGCGGUUUAAACAGAGGCUGAAAGUGAUCCAGUCCUUGGAGGAUACAGCCAAGAGGAGUGUGGUCCGAGCUAUACCUGGGGACGUUGGUUUCUCAAUUGAAGAGCUGGAGGACCUUUACAUGGUGUUUAAGGCCAAGCAGCUGGCGAGUCAGUACUGGGGGAGCAGCCACCCUGCAGCUGUGCGUCGGGACCCCAGCCUGCCCUACCUGGAGCAGUACCGCAUCGACACGAACCAGUUCCGGGAACUCUUUGCCAGCCUGACACCCUGGGCCUGUGGCUCCCACACACCCGUGCUGGCGGGGCGCAUGUUUCGGCUCCUGGAUGAAAAUAAGGACUCACUGAUCAACUUCAAGGAGUUCGUGACAGGGAUGAGUAGGAUGUACCAUGGGGACCUGACAGAGAAGCUCAAGGUGCUCUACAAGCUGCACUUGCCUCCAGCCCUGAGCCCAGAGGAGGCUGAGUCAGCCCUGGAAGCGACCCAUUAUUUCACCGAGAACAGCUCCUCAGAAGCAUCUCCUCUGACCUCCGACCUGGAUCUUUUCCUGCCCUGGGAGGCUCAAGAAGCACUACAGCAGGAAGAGCAAGAGGGAGCUGGAAAUGACAUCCAAGAAAAAAGAAGAGAGGAGAAGGGAACCAGCCCUCCCGAAUAUCGGCACUACCUUCGAAUGUGGGCCAAGGAGAAAGAGGGUCAGAAGGAGACGAUUAAGGAUCUUCCCAAGAUGAACCAGGAGCAGUUCAUAGAGCUGUGCAAGACGCUUUACAACAUGUUCAGCGAAGACCCCAUGGAGCAGGACUUGUACCACGCUAUCGCCACGGUGGCCAGCCUGCUGCUCCGCAUUGGGGAGGUGGGGAGGAGGUUCUCUGCAUGGUCUGGCAGAGAGUCCAGGGACAGUGCCCCUGAGGAGGGCGAACCGCCAGCCCUAGACCCCCCUCAAGACGCGGCCCAGGAGCUUCAGCCACCAGCUGCAGGGUACCCCCAGGCCAAAGCAGGUGGAGACACCCACCUUGGGAAAGCACCGCAGGAGAGCCAGGUGGUGGGCGAAGGGGGUGGCAGCGAGGGGCGGGGCUCCCCCUCCCAGCCUCUGUCUGACGACGAAACCAAAGACGACAUGUCCAUGUCCUCGUACUCAGUGGUCAGCACGGGCUCCCUGCAGUGUGAGGACCUGGCUGAUGACACAGUGCUGGUGGGUGGGGAGGCCCACAGCCCCGUGGCCACCACUCACAGUGGGGGUGCCAUUGACACAGACUGGUGCAUCUCCUUCGAGCAGAUCCUGGCCUCCAUCCUGACGGAGUCCGUGCUGGUGAACUUCUUUGAGAAGAGGGUAGACAUUGGACUCAAGAUCAAGGACCAGAGGAAGGUGGAAAGACAGUUUAGCACCUCCAGUGACCAUGAGCAAUCUGCAGUUUUGGGCUGAGGGCUCCAAGGCCUGGGGGCUGGCCUCUCUCUCCUCCCUCCCUCCCUUUCUGUUUUCUCUUGAAGGACACACCCCUCCAGUUCUCCCCAGAAGCAGUGAGUUGUAAAUGGAAAGAAGGCUGAACAGUCGCAGUUGGGGCCUAGACAGGGGCUCCCCACCCCCUCAUUCUGCCUUGGACCUCCUGGCCCCUGCAUAGUGUCAGGGGCUGUCUGAUCUGCCCUUGCUUGCCCUGCACUGUGGCCAGGCCACACCCUGUCCUCCACCUCCUCUUCUGCAGCUGCGUGCUCUGGGGGCUUUCCUGCCACUUGGCACCAGGUAGGGGGGUCGACUGCCUAUUGGGCACCAAAGUGGUGAGAACUUCGAGAUGCUCUCCAGAAGCCCCUGAGCCUGAGCUUCUGGCUGGGGGACACGCAUCUGCUGCACCAGGGUGGGUGCCGCCUGCACAGGCGUUACUCUCAAUUCUCUUUCAGCUCGUCAUCCUCACCAUUAACCUUAAAAGCAUAUCCCUCAGCUCCUGAUAUAUUUCCUUGUAUUCAUUUCAGUUGGCUAAAAAUCACACUAUGCUCAAUGCCUUAAUAAAUCCCUGAAAGAA